AUGCCCUCGGCCUCAGCGUCAGGCAGCGAUGCCAACGGAGGUGCUCGCUCGCGCGAACAUAAACAGGGCAACCAGGAUCGAAAAUACACACCGGAACAGAAGGCGGCUGUGAUUCGCAUACGAAAAUGCGGCAGCACUGAUUUCUACGAGAUCCUAUCGAUCGAGCGCUCGGCGACUGAUAAUGAGAUUAAAAAGGCAUAUCGCAAACAGAGUCUGUUGACGCACCCAGAUAAGAACGGCUACGAAGGUGCCGAUGAGGCCUUUAAAAUGGUUUCCCGCGCAUUCCAGAUUCUUUCCGAUGCGGACAAGAAGUCUCGCUACGACAAAUUUGGCGGAGACCCUGAUAGUAGAUUCAAUCCUGGUCCCAGUGCAGCAGGCGGCUCGUCGCCAUUCGGUGGUGGUGGUGGAUUCGGAGGUGGUUUCCCCGCGGCGGUGCCGGGCCGGGAAGAGCUCUUCCAGCGGUUCUUUGGUGGUGGAUUUGGCGGCGGUGGUGGUUUUGGCGGACCCCAAUUUAUCUUCAACAUGGGAGGAGGACCGGGAUUCCGAGUGCACCAGUUCGGUGGUGCCCAACCACGGCGAAGACCUCGCGCGACGGCGGCUGGUCAAUCAGACGUACGCCCGGACCCUUGGCAUAUUGUCCGACAGCUACUGCCGCUUAUUCUUCUUUUCCUCCUCCCCCUCCUUUCAUCUCUGUUCUCAGGGUCGAGCAAUCCUUCCCCGGCCUACCGAUUUGAGACUGCGAAACCUCCACACACUCUGGGACGCACCACACCCAGGCUCAACCUCAACUACUUUGUGAAUCCUGCGGAUGUCGAGGACCUGAGUCCGAAGAAACUUCGUCAGUUAGACCAUAAAGUUGAGCAAGACUACGUGACCACUGUCCGAUUUCAGUGCGAGACGGAAGUGCGUCAGCGGGAGAGAAUGAUACAGGAGGCACAGGGUUGGUUUUUCCCAGACGUUGAGAAGAUGAAGCAAGCACAAGCCAUGGAGCUGAAGAGUUGCCGCAAAUUUGAUGCCUUGAGGGGGGAUUGUUUAAGGUUGUUUCCAGGGUUGCAGGUUUCCAUCCUUUGCAGGCUUAGCUUUGCAUAUGUCUUAUUCAUCUGGGAUGGACGGCAUCAUUUGGGCCCCUUUGCUUCCUAA